AUGGCAAUGACCACCACUGCAGCAAGGCUUAUUUCUGUCAUUAUUAUCGUGAUUGUUGUACCAGACAUCCGCUAUAUAACCACCCACUACUGCACCCACUGUGGAUUGCCUGGCGGUCCUGGGGCUAAAGGUGGACCUGGAGAUAAGGGAGAGCCUGGACCGCGAGGUCAUGUUGGCGCGCAGGGUGCAUCUGGACCACUGGGUGAACCUGGUCUUCCUGGCGAGCCUGGCAUGGAAGGAAUACCUGGGCCCAAGGGUGACAGAGGCCAGCGGGGACCGACUGGGCCACAGGGAAUUGUUGGCAAACCUGGCAGCAAAGGAGAGAGAGGGCCCAUCGGUGUCCCAGGUGCCCAGGGCCUUAGUGGGAUCAAGGGAGACAAGGGCUUCCAAGGAAAACCUGGCUCAAAGGGAGAUGUUGGUGACCCCGGCGUUGAGGGAUUGGCUGGCGAGAAAGGUGAAAAGGGAUUGUCUGGUGAACCUGGGCCUAAAGGACAGCAAGGAAUUCGGGGAGACCCUGGAUACAAUGGGCCCACUGGAGAUCCUGGUAAACCAGGGGACCAGGGACCACCAGGACUUCCUGGUCCUAGGGGACUCAAUGGAGAGCGAGGAGUACCUGGCAUGCCUGGCAUAGAGGGGACCUCAGGCCGCGACUCAUCUGACCAGCAUAUUAUUGAAGUGGUGUUGAAGAUGUUGCAGGAGAGGCUGGCCGAAUUGGCGGCCAAGAGGGACGUGCACGGCGGGGCAGGUGUCAUGGGACCUCCAGGGCCCCCGGGAGCUCCAGGUGGACCUGGCCCUCAGGGGCCACAUGGUUUGCCAGGUACUCGUGGCAUUCCUGGUAUGAUGGGAGAAGCGGGACAGAUUGGAAACACUGGGCUUAAAGGGAAGAGAGGAGCAAAGGGAGAGAGAGGAGAUCCUGGUAAACCUCACCCAGGAGCACCAGGACCUCCUGGAAUACCAGGUCCUCGCGGUGUGGAUGGUGUGGCCCGGGAUGGUAAACACGGUGAGAGAGGACCUCAGGGAUCAGCCGGAAACAACGGUCUCCCUGGUGCAGUGGGUGCACCAGGUCUGCCGGGCUACUGCGAGGCGGCAAUGUGUCUGGCCGCAUCUGCAUACACCUCGCCGAGACUACAGGAGGCGGGAACAAUCAAGGGACCCAGUGUUUAGAGGUGCAUCUCUCCACAAGCAGCUCACAGCAUCUCCAGGGAGAGAGAGGGAGAGAGAGACGGAGGAAGAAGAGGGGGAGAGAGAGAGAGAGAGAGAGACAACUCUUCUCGGUUGGGGGACAGAAAUAGUGACUGGAUGUAUGGCGUCCCUCUUCCUGAAUCUCACAAUCAUACAUUUUUUGACUGGUGGGACAUACUUUGAUCUUAAUCCCCGUAGAUCACGAUGACAGCAGCAGCUUCCAGCCACACACACACACACAUCCUUUCUCCUGUGUUUUUUUUGAGGAGGAUGUCAGUCCCAUUUACAACAUUGAAGCCCGUUUUCCAUCAAGUGAAACAGGAACACAUUUAUCUCGCGUCUCUCUUUGCACCCAGCCAUCAGUGUGCUUGAGCCGCGAGAAUCCGAAAACUGUGUCACAAAAGACACUUUUACACCAAGGUCACUUUAAAUGCUUUUAUGUGCGCGGUAUUCUGUAUUGGAGUUUGUCACCACGCAGCAUCACGUCCGAUGCCUUAAAGUGUAGGGAAAAUAAACCAUCACAGCCAAAUUCACAGUCAGUACUGUCUUGUAAAAUUUAGUAUUUUCAUCCGUCAGCUUGAGUGAUUUACCUCGUGUGUACAUUGCGCCCCCGCCCCCCCCACCCCCCGCUCCAAACACACACACACAAUCCCUGCCUUUCUACCCUAGUCUCAUUUUAGAAACUAACGACUAGCUUUAUCUCUUCCUCUUGUUGCCUGGCAACAGCAUAUCCCAAUGGAUACUCCCAUCUCCCACAAUGCAGUGCUGUAAAUCUUUGUAAAUGUGUGUUGAUUAUUAUGUAGAGGAAAGGGAAUGGGUUUUGAUAUGCACCAACAAAAAAAAAAUAAAAAUCCCAUGUUAAUGAAUUCAGUGAGUAAUAAAAAGUUCCUGCAGAAAUAAUGACUUUCCCUCAAAAUGAAUCAGCCACUAGUCCAAUUGUGCCUCCUAUGCCACUGUCAACUUUCCACAGGGUGUCAGCGAUUUAAUGACUGAUUUAUUUUCAUCACCAAAAAAAAAUAUUUAUUGUCCUAUAUAAUUAUCUGUAAAGAGGGUUUUUGUCUGGCUGUUCAGGUAAACCCAAACAAAUAAAAAGGAACCUUUUGUAAAGUC